AAUUGUUGAAAAUUAGUUUUAUUGCAAGUAGGCCUACUUAAAUCCAACAACAAAUAUGCAAGGUGAAAUGGCACAAGUUAAUAUAAGUUGACAGCUAACGUUGACGUUUGAUUUGUUGUACACGCUCUCCUCUCUCUCCUCUCACAAACCACGGGCAGAGGUCUAUCAGCGAAAGGCAUUCAUGUGGUUUGUUUUGUUUUGAUUCAAUAUGUAAACGUUUCCCAUUCACCUCUUUUCGCUUUCCUAUUAAGCCAAUUCCAUGCUGUCAACAAUCCACCCACUCCCACACUCGCUAGUGAUAAAAGCAAAUGACAAAAAUAAGAAGCUAAACGAAUGGAGAAAGGAAAAACAGCAUGGCUCUUACUUCCUAAUUUCUAUCAGUAGUUUUUGUGAGUUGUGUGUGAGUGAAAUACUUCGCUGGCUUUGCCAGUGAAUUUGUUAAACAAAGAAAAACUGUUAUAAAAAUUCACAAAAGCAAAAUAAUUGAAUUUUCAUUUCACAUCGUAAGUAAAGGUAUAAUUAAAAUUAUAAAUAAAUGCGCAGGUAAAUGUGCACUGCUGAAGCAACAAACGCGAUGUACUUUGUGCCGUUUGACAGAUUGACGGGCGCCGAGCAAGUUGGUUACUCUCCAUUAUAAAACUUUAAUUGCACUGCAUUUUAAAGUGCAAAGUGUGCAGAUUGUGUGGUUCGCAUGAGUUUGCAAAUAGAAUAAUACCAUUUGCACAUUUUUGUGUCCCGUGUGGCGUACGAAAGGCUUCCUGCAAUCGUAUCCAGUUAUGAAAAAGAAGCGUUUAAUGAAGCUACUAGUGGCUCUUAUCUUAACAUUGAUGUUCACUGUCUCACUGCUAAAAUUGGUUCUAUUGCUAUGGAAUACGUAUCCAACAUGGUUAUAUGCAGAUUUGCUGUCGCCUGGUGAGCCCACUACGGUGGAUGAAUGGCUGGAGCAGCAGAGACUGUCACAGUAUAAGCAACUUUUCCGAGACAAAGGCAUUUCCUCCUUGUCCAGUUGUGGCGAUCCCGAGCGCCUACCCGAAUUACCCCCUGGCGAUGAACAACGCCUCCAGCGCGCCGCUCUACAUUUACAACAAAAACUCAUUUUACGCGAAUGGUUACGGGAUCAUCGACUACAGCAUCACUAUCAGCGCCUACUAGCCGUCGAGGUAGCCUCUCUAGAGGAUGUAUACUGGUUGGAGGACUCACGUGCGAGCAAAAUACUCGGAAAAGAUUGGCAAAUAUGGUCGCAAGCAAGACAGAACCUGCCCACAUCCAAAGCGCAAUUGGAUGCACUUAAAGCGCAACUCUGGUCGACAGUUGUGAAAUCAAGUCAACAUCAGGAUGCCUGGACAUGGGGUGGCAUGUUGGUGGUAUCUGUAUCGGUUGCGGGCCUGGUCACGCUAGCUGCCAUGACACAGCCGUCACUGGCGCCGGAAGCGCGCCAUUCGUUACUGCAAUAUGUCACUGGUAAAUAUUUACUGCCUGCCAAUUGCAAAGUACAGUGGGACUGGAAAGAUCCGGCAGCAGUGGGUGGCACAAUGUGUUUCGUUGUGCGCUUCUUUCAACGCAACGGACAGCCUUAUCCCAUCUGUGAUACAGAUCAAUUUUUUGUCGAAGUCACCGAGGGUACACGUAAGGUCGUAACUAUUAGCGAGCUUGGCUCAUCAACAGAUCCGAAUAAUGCGAAUAUUGCAAAAGUGAAAUUUACUGUGCGCACAGCGGGACAGUAUAAAAUUUCCGUACUCAUCGGUUCCAGUCACAUUUCUGGUUCACCAUUCACAAAAACUUUCAUACCAGGACCAAUCGAUGCGCGCCGAUCGCGUUUUAUACGUCCUGCCAGCACAGUGAUAUGCUGUGCUGGAACGCCCACAAUGUUGCACAUUGAGCCGCGUGAUGAAUUUGGCAAUGCGUGCAACUUUGAAGAAGACGACGAUCCGGUAAAGGGUUAUCGUGUUGAGAUUUUCGAUUUGAAUGGCGAACACAUUGAAAAGUUACAUCACGCCAUUGCCUUCACCUAUGACCGCGUGAAUACGCGCGUUGCCGUGACGGCGCUAUUCCCGGAGCCGAUAUGUCUGCGCGCGGUCAUAAGCUACCUUGAACAGAAGUUACCAAACGGUGAUUUUGACAUCAUCGUGCUGAGUGGCAGUGACACAACGCUCGUGCACAAGAACAUCGCAUCACGCAAACAUAAUAUUUGUUAUGAAGCCAAAUUGUUGAGCAUCUACGGCACGCCGAAGAGCAAGCCACGCAAGGUGUUGUGCUAUGUGGGACCCAAACAAAAUUCUCUAAUAUUUCAGGUGACCAUCAAGGAGAUGAUACUAAAAUUUAUACCUAAGCGCAUUGCUACAUUCCGACUGUGUCCGUCGACCAAAUUCCAUUUUCUGCCUACAUUGGCCACACAGCCACAUGGGCCCGUCUUCAUAAUAGACGAUGGUGCACAGCCGAAAAUCGAAUUGGCAUCACGUGAUCGUAACAUCAUUGCGGCAACUUUUACGCAUUUCUUGUUGAAGAACAUCGGCGGCUCAGAGACCUUCAAGGAUAAGCAGGACUUUUUCUAUCACGAAGUGCGGAAGUUCCACGCUAGUUACUAUCAUGAAAAGCUCGCAUUGAAAGUGAAUCGUGAAAAGAUAUUAGAGAGCAGCAUGAAGGCAACCAAAGGGUUUUCGGUGUCCGAUUGGUGUGGCAACUUUGAAGUAACAUUUCAGGGAGAACAAGGCAUCGAUUGGGGUGGCUUGCGCCGUGAAUGGUUCGAAUUGGUGUGCAGCGCACUAUUUGAUCCGCGCGGCGGCCUCUUCUGCACAUUUCAUGAUAAACAUCAAGCGCUGGUACAUCCAAAUCCACAUCGGCCAUCGCAUCUCAAGCUUAAACACUUCGAAUUUGCUGGCAAAAUUGUGGGUAAAUGCCUGUACGAAAGCGCACUAGGUGGCACUUAUCGGCAACUGGUGCGAGCGCGUUUCACUAGGUCAUUUUUAGCGCAACUCAUUGGCUUGCGUGUGCAUUACAAGUAUUUCGAGCAAGACGAUCCCGAUUUGUAUCUCUCCAAAAUCAAAUAUAUACUGGAUACCGAUUUGGAUGCCACUGACUCGUUGGAAUUAUAUUUUGUUGAAGAAGUCUACGACACCGGCGGUCAGCUGAGCAAAACCGUGGAGCUAACACCGAACGGCUCAAAGGUUCGUGUUUCGAAUGCAACUAAAAAUCAAUAUCUCGACGCGUUGGCUCAGCAGCGUUUAUGCAGUAGCGUUAAGGAAGAGGUCGAUGCAUUUUUAAAAGGUCUAAAUGGUAUUAUACCAGAUAAUUUGCUAAGUAUUUUCGAUGAGAAUGAGUUGGAGCUGCUGAUGUGCGGCACCGGCGAAUACUCUAUUUCCGACUUCAAGGCACAUCACAUCAUAAAUGGCAAUUCUGCUGAGUUUCGCCGUGUUUUGGCCUGGUUUUGGGCGGCUGUUAGCAAUUUUAGUCAAACCGAAAUGGCGCGAUUGCUGCAAUUCACUACAGGUUGCUCGCAACUACCACCAGGCGGUUUUCAGGAAUUGAAUCCACAAUUUCAAAUAACAGCAGCGCCGACAUUCGGUAAUCUACCAACAGCGCACACGUGCUUCAAUCAGCUCUGCCUGCCUGACUACGAGAGUUACGAGCAGUUCGAAAAGGCACUUCUAUUGGCUAUAAGUGAGGGCAGCGAAGGCUUUGGCAUGGUUUAAGUUAAUGUCAUACUGCCUUUAAUCAGUAUACAGAAAAAACAAACUAGUCAGAUAACUGUAGUAUGUAAUAGGAUAUUUACAUGAAUCAGAAAUUGUGUUCCUUUAACGAAUUGUUAUGGUUCUAAUGGUAAGCGUGGUGAAUUCAAAAAUUCAUCAAUCAAUUCAUUUGUGUUGCUGUAAAAUAAACGCAAUAAUUGGAGUAAGAAAAUCUAAAAAUUAAUAACUAGAAAAGCAAUAAGUAAUAAGAAAAGACCGAUAUCAUCAUCAAAUAUUGUGAUAUUUGUAAUUUAAAACCAAGUUAGAAAAAAACUCUAUCAAAAUUUCAACUGAUUGAAUGCUAUUGUCUAAUAGAAACUUUACAAGUGUUGAGUUGCGCAGAUGCGUCUAGUUGAAAAGGAUAUAUCAAAAAGUACGUUUUUUUAAGUACGAAAGCUAAGGAAAGCAAACUUGCUUAACACAUUUAUUAGAAAAAUUACAAAAAAAGAGUUGGCAAGUAGUAGUUUUACAUUAUUUAAAUUAUUCAAGUAUCAAAAUAAUAGCAACACUGCGUCUAGUGUACCCUGGUGAGUGAUAGGUUUACAUGAAACUAUAUUUAUUUUUAACUAGAAAUAUUUUCUUUCUAACUUAAAAUAUUUGCUCUAUUGAUUUAUUUAUUUUUAUGAACAUUUAACACAAUUUUUAAGACUAUAAAACGAGUGGGAAGGUGUAUGCAAUUUAAUAUUGUCCCUGAAUUAUUUAACGAACAUAUUUGAAAAUUAUAUUAAUUUGUAAUUUUUCGUCAUUUAAGUAGUGGGAAAUGAUCUUAAAUGCAAUUGCGAAAAUGCAAAUGUAUCAAAAGUAGUUGUUGAAAUUUCAAAUACAGUAAAGCAAAACUGAAACCUAAACUUAAAUAAAUGAAGUCUAAAAAUUAA